AUGAUAAGUACAUUCGAAACAUUACCAAAUGAAAUAUUGUUAAAUAUAUUUUGUUAUUUAUCAUGGGAUAAAAUAUUAAUAUCAUUAUGGUCAUUAAAUAGACGUAUUAAUUCUAUUAUUUAUUCAAUAUUUUCAAUAGAUAAAAAUGGACUUAUUUUUAAUCAACCAGAUUUAUCUUAUAAAAAAUUUUCAUCAAUAUUACAACCAUUAAUUUUAAAUUCAUCAUAUCUUUCUUCUUCAAUUAAAUAUAUUCAUUUUGAUGGAACUUAUUCAAAUUCUUAUAAUGUUAUUAAUCAAUGUCUUUAUUACAAUAAUGAUAAACAAAUUCUUUGUUUUCCUAAUCUCAAAUCACUUAAGAUUACUCGAUGUUUAUUAUCACGAUCAUUAAUUCAAACAUUAUCUUUACUUAUUCAAUAUCAAUUGGAACAAUUUACAUUAACAUUCGAUGAAGAUAUAGUGAAGUUGUUUGUAAAUUCAAACGAAAUAUGUAGAAAUGUUCCUCAUACAAGAAAAUCAAUAAUUAUGUUUAAAAAGCUGAUAUGUCAACUUUUCUCUGAUAAAUGUCAAUUGAUAUCUCUUCAACUUGAUAUUGCUGAUGAUAAUAAUCCUCUUAAUAUUCAUCAAUGUUUUACAUUGUGUUCUCAUCCUUCUUCAAGUUCAAUUUCUAAUAAAAUUCAAUAUUGUUGUUUGACACUUCGUUAUUUAUACGUUCGUCUUCAAUAUACGUCUUUUCUUGAACAUCUUAUUGAACAUAUACCAAAUAUUGAACGAUUAUCAGUCAUUUUUAAAAAUUGGAUGAAUCUCGAAUCUCGACCGAGGUCAGAUAUUGAAACAUUAAUAAAAUCAAAUGGAAAUUGGUUUGAAAAGGUACCAAAACUGAACUAUUUUACUUUAAAAGUUUUCGUUCGUAAUGACUUUGAAUUUGCUUAUUUGAAAUGGAUUCUCAAUAAUUUAAAUCAUAUUGAAAAAUUUAAACUUCAUCUUCAGAUUCAUAAAAUGUAUUCAGAUAAAAUGGUUAAAGAAUAUGUUGUAGAUGCAAAUUUUAUUCAUCAGUAUUGUUUGUCUGAUAUAUUAAUCAAUAUAAAACAUUUUCAAUUUUAUAUUGUUUCCGAAUGUCAAUUAUUACCCAAUAAUAUCGAAAAAAUAAUAAAUUCAUUUAAAAUUCAUCCAUUUUUUAUUGAUCAUCAGUGGAUAAAUGUAAAUUGUUUCUUUGAUCCAUUCAAGUCAUAUCAACAUCUUUCUUCUUCAAAUGUUAAUAAACUUCACUUUAUGAAUGGCUUAGUCUUUGAUCCAAAUAUUUUUACAUGGCCAUAUAUUACAAGUAUUUCGAUUGAUUUGCAUCCGUUUUUGUAUUUAUUUCUUGAACAAUUUGAUAAAUUAUUUCCUAAUGUUUCUUAUAUUAAAGUUUAUGCAGAAUAUUAUAGAAAUAUUGGUCAGUUCGAGUUGCCAGAGUCAUUAACAAUACCAUUCGAAAAAGGACAAUGUAGAGUGACUGAUAUUCAAUUUCGAAAUGUGACAAGACUUGAUUUGGGAUUUUGUUUACCUGGUAUGAUUAACAGUUGUGAUACAUCAAUAGAAUUAAAUAAAGCACGUGCAAAAGUAUUUGCUCAUCUUAUUUCAAUGUCUGUUCAACUCAAAUAUCUUCUUGUUGAAAAUAUUGAGUGGCUUUUUCACGUUAUUCAAUAUGCAUCAAAUGAACUAAAAAGAAAUGCAUUGAAUACUAUUCAAUGUGCUGAAUUUGGUAUUCCUAGUUGUCAUUAUGGUUCGAAUGAUUCAAUUUAUAUUGGUAAAAAUCUUGUACCUUUUCUCAGUACUUAUAUGCCUCAAUUACAAACAUUGUAUCUUUGGCGACCAGAUGAUUUUCCUUGGACAUCUAUUCGACCAGAUAUUGCACCAGGAUACUUUCAUCAUAUUGAUGUUUCACGAUGGAUAGAGUCUUUAGAAACAUCUGAAUCGAUUGCUAAACAUGUAAAUGUUUUUAAGAAAGAUCUUCGCCGAUUAACUCGAAAAUUAAAACAAUUUGUUUUUCUUGAUAUUCAUGGAAGAAUUGAUCCUGAAAAAAUCGAACCGUAUCGUUCUAUGGUUAAAAAAUGUUUUCCUCGUAGCAAAGUGGAUGUUAAAUUAACAAGAUUUCGUCUUUGGAUAUAA